GAACUUCCGGUUGUGAUUAGAUAAAUAAUUGUGAAUUUUCAGUGAAAAUUUAGUGAAAAGUAUGAGUAGGGGACAGUUGCCUGAUUCUUCCAGUUCUCCACCCAUGAACAUGCAAUACGGCUACGGCACUGGUGACCUAUCAGAAGACGAAGUGUCAGACCUUCCCAGCUGCGCUUUCGCAUCCAGAUCUACAAAUUCAAAUAUCCAACAUCACUAUUUGACUUCUCUACACCACAAUACAGAUUCUGGACCAUGCGGAUCUACAGCCCCAAGCCUAAGCUCCACAGACUUCUACGGUUCGUCGCCCUACAGAGUUCAAAGGCACGCGGCUAAUAUAAGAGAGAGGAAACGCAUGCUGAGGUCUGCUAUUGGACCCACCGGCAGCAUAAACUCCGCUUUCGACGAGUUGAGAAUGCAUGUGCCCACGUUUCCCUACGAAAAGAGGCUGUCAAAAAUCGAUACUCUGAGGCUGGCGAUUGCUUACAUAGCUCUUUUGAGGGAAGUUUUGACUGCAGACUGUGAUCCACUCACUUAUGUGGAACGAUGUUUGAGGGGCGAAAUUAAGGCUGACAGAGCUAAUUGGAAUACUAGUGAUUUAACAGCCAGAUUGUCCUGGAUAAACUGGGAAAAUUUGGGAGUGACACCUGGAAGAAGAAGCGCUCUAACGUCACUGGCUCUAAGUACUCCAGAAAAUAUGAACCAUGCAAAUCCAUAAAAUAAAUUUUCAUUUUUAAAUUUUUGUUCCUAUUUUUUUGUAUAUAUUAUUCAAGUGCAAUACUAGAUUGUUAUUUUUGUUUUUAAAAUAAAACUGCAUUUAUCAUGAAAGUAGUUUUUUUUAUAAAAGCUUGCUGCAAAGGAGUGUGAGAUUAAUUUGAUAUUUUUAUAUCUACAGAAGCAAUAUUAUAUAUAAUAUCAGCAGUGACUAUAAAAAGGCAGAAACUUCAAUCAAAGCACAAAUAUUUAAUUAGGUAUUUUUAUUAAUAAGCUCAGUGUAUUUUUCAAAACGAAAUAAUAAAUCCUAUAUACACAUAUCAUAAGUUAACCUAAAUAACAUAGCAGGCAUUUUUUAGCCCAAAAAACAAUAUAGUGGUGGACCUACUCCUUACCAAACUGCAACAGAUUUAAUGCUUUUUGUAAAUUUUCCACUGCAGUCUUCACGUCAUCGUAGUUUAAAGCACUUGUGGCAUAUUUACUGUAUUUCUGGGCUUUUUGUAUUUGUUCUGGAGUUAAAGAAAUCUGAGUUCCGCUCGGAGUGUUGUAGUUUGCCAUUGGUGGCAAACUGUAAGCGGUCGGUUGUGGCUGUGGUGGCAAAUUGUAAGGCGUUGGCUGAGGAUUUGGUGCCACUGGUGUAACUGUGCCUGGUUGGACUGGAAUACUUGGACUUGC